AUGUUCGCUGAUCCUGGUGCUGAAACCACGCCGUUUCUGUAUCGCAUCCGCUGCAGGCACUGGAAUGGCAAUUUUGCCAAAUCAAAGCGCAUCUUCAAAAAUCAAAACAGAUAUUGUUCUAAAGGCAUCUUCCAAGGAAUAAAAGCCAAUGGAGAAAAAUUCAAUAGAGAAUGGCUGGUAUAUUCUCCUUCAACAGGAUAUGUUUUUGUUUUGUCUAUACAAGCUGAGAAAGAGUAUUGGAAGCAAGUACUUCACAGAUGUAUAGAAGUGAUCAAAACAUUAAGUGAACGUGGAUUGGCUUUUAGGGGAGACAAUGAAAUCAUAGGAUCCCCCAACAAUGGGAACUACUUGGGAUUGUUAGAACUGAUUGCCAAAUUUGACCUGUUUUUAUCCAAUCACAUAGAAAACUAUGGUAACAAGGGCACAGAUUCAACUUCAUAUCUCUCAAAAACCAUAUGCGAUGAGUUAAUCUUGCUGAUGGGAAAACACGUGUUGCAAUCUAUUUUGGAUGAAAUAAAAAACUCGUGGGAGGCCCAUGCAACCGCGGUCUCUGCAGUUAAAGAAAACGGUGAGUCAAUUGAAGAGGCCCUUGCUCAUUUGGAGUCAAAGGAACGAGAAAAAAGUGACACCCGUUAA